UCAUGUGACAUUACGAGAGCAGAGACUUCCGUUCAAAAUGUCGGCUGCAAUUGUAUCGAACCUUGGAAAGAUACCUUCGAAAGUGAAUCCUGACCUCCAGAUUGAACGUGACAGAUCGCAAUUAACUCCACAUAUUUCUGAAAUAACACAUUUUAUUGAUGGUGGCCGCCAUUUAACUGAAAAGAGGAGGGAAAUAGAGGAAAUAUUAUUUAAGGAGUCCCUGUUUAGAGAGUAUUCCAAUGACAGAGUGUAUAGAUCAAGACAAGAGGUGUACGCAAAGGGACUGGAGAGAUCUGUCAGGUUAUUCACUCUCAAGCAGGAACACAACUGGAAUGAUGUAGAAUUUGGAUUGGCAUUAAAAACAAUAAAUCAAGACCACACUUUGGGUCUUCAUAAUGUGAUGUUUAUUCCUGCCUUAGAGAGACUUGCAACAGAACAACAGAAAGCAAAAUGGCUUCCACUAGCAAGAAAUUACAAAAUUAUUGGCACUUAUGCACAAACAGAGAUGGGUCAUGGAACUUACCUGCAGGGAUUGGAGACCACGGCUACAUAUGAUGCCACGACAGAGGAGUUUGUCCUUAAUACCCCAAAAGUGACCUCCAUCAAAUGGUGGCCGGGCUCCU